GUCUGCUGAAAUUGUUGCAAACGAUAAGACGCAAUCUCGAUUGAUUUAAAAUUUUCAAUAUUUCGGAGAUCAAGGCGCAUUAAAAGACAUGGACGAGACAACGAUCGAUUCGAUCUUUUCAGGAUCCUUGAAAUCCUUACCACCUGUUAGUUCGAAAAUUGUGCGGAUAUUUACAAGCUCAACCUUUACUGACACAACAAUGGAAAGAAAUACUUUAAUGGCUCAAUGCUAUCCUAAACUUAAGGAUUAUUGUAGAGAAAAACACGGUUUAGAAUUUCAGGUGGUUGAUAUGAGAUGGGGUGUUCGUGAUGAAGCCACCGACGAUCAUAUGACUACCGAGCUGUGUAUGAGAGAAAUAGAAAAUUGUCAGAGACUGUCUAUGGGACCCAAUUUUGUUGUAUUUCUUGGACAGAAAUAUGGAUAUCGUCCUAUACCAACAUAUGUUCUCAGUUCAGAAUUAGAGAUGUUGAGGACAGAAUUGGAGGGUCAAGGAAUGGACGUUAGUCUUUUGGAUAAAUGGUACAAGAAAGAUAGCAAUGCUGUACCGCCUACGAGUAUAUUACAGCCGAUCUCGUCUAUCCUUAAAAAUUUUAACAAUAAAAGAAUACCCAAACUGCAACAAGAGGAUCAAGCAAUCUGGUGGGACACUAUGUGCAAAAUGCAAAAAUUAUUCAGAAAAGGCGCGCAAUCCUUAUUUAAUAACGGAAAGUUCGAUAAGGAUACAAUGCACAAUUAUUUCAUGUCCGUAACCGAGCGGGAAGUAAUUAACGGCGUGCUGAACGUUAAAAAUACGAAAAACCAUUGCCUGGCGUACGUACGAUACAUAAAUAACAUUAAUCUUCAAAAUCUAAGGAAGGCAAGUCUAUUUCUGGAUAUAGCUAACAGAAGUUUAGAUAAUGAAGCCUCAAAAUUGUUGGCUGAUCUCAGAGAUGAGCGACUACCGAAUAAAAUCGAGAGCACGAAUCUGCAGAGGUACACAGUGGAAUGGAUAGGAAGAGAGGGUUUGGAUCCUGAAACCCAUAGCGAGUAUCUUCAGCAUUUUAUCACUCACUUUUACAGAAACAUAGUGAAACUCGUGGAUCGUGCUAUGAGAAAGGAAGACAAUUCCGCGCAGGGACAAAUAAUAACUGAGAUUUUGCAACAUCUGCACGCCUGUAAUAAUUCCGUAAAGGUGUUUUAUGGGCGCGAAAACACGUUGGUGAGGAUAAAAAAUUACAUGCUAGGCGAUAGCGAUAAGCCGUUAGUGUUGUACGGAGAAGGAGGAUGCGGUAAGACUUCUCUUCUGGCGAAAAGCGCGGGUUUAACUAGUAGUAUCUGGCUAGUCGAUAAAAAACCGAUCAGCAUAAUUCGGUAUCUCGGCACUACCCCGGACAGCAGUGCGCUUACACCCACCUUAAUCUCAAUCUGUCAACAAAUCUCGUACAAUUAUGGAUUGUCGUUUGAAGAGAUCCCGGACGACUUAGUGCCACUGACAGCCUACUUUAAAUAUCUGUUGACCUUAGCUAACGCACAACAGCCCAUUUUGCUGUUUCUGGACAGUGUCGAUCAGCUGACAGGAGUACAGGGCAAUAAAUUGGCGUGGUUGCCUUCGAGGCUACCACCAAACUGCAAGAUGAUCUUGUCCUGCGCAGCGGAAGAAUCGAAUCCGGUGAUUUCGAAAGAUUAUCAGUUACUGCGCAGGAUGAUAGACACCGAAGACAGCUUCAUCGAGGUAACUGCUUUGGGCGAAGAUCUGGCUAUGGAUGUGAUAAGAAUGUGGAUGAAAACGGCCAGGAGAGAUCUGAAUAACUAUCAAUGGCGUCUGGUCGCGAAUGCAAUAUCAAAGUGUUCCCUGCCGAUCUUUGUGAAACUCGUGUUUGCUGAGAUCUGUCGAUGGCGUAGUUACACGAAACCGGCGGACACGCAUCUGGCGAGUACGGUGAUGGAUAGCAUAAUGAUGCUGUUCGAGAGGAUCGAGAAGCAGCACGGCAAAAUCCUUGUCUUCCACGCCCUGGCCUAUAUCACGGCCGCUAAGUCUGGCUUGUCAGAGUCCGAGCUCGAGGAUCUGAUCUCCCUGGACGACAAGGUUCUCGAUGACGUCUACCAAUACCAUUUGCCGCCAGUGAGACGCAUCCCACCUCUGCUCUGGACCAGAAUACGAAACGACCUGCCCAAUUACCUGAGCGAAAGAGAAGCGGACGGUGUGAGCGUCAUGAACUGGUAUCACAGACAAUUCAGGGACACAGCCAAAGAGCGAUACUUUAAGAACAUGAAUAUGGCAAUGUAUUUCCACUCAAUGAUAGCGGACUAUUAUCUGGGAAUUUGGGGUGGCGGUAAACCAAAGCCUUUCAAGUACACCGAGAUACAGAGACAUCGAUUUAAUUUAACAGACAAGGAAGGUGUGGCGGACAGAAAAGUGCCGGAGCAACCAUUGGCAUUUUACUCGAAGGAGGGAACCAUCUCAAGAUACAAUUUACGAAAGUUUGGCGAAUUACCAUUUCAUCUGGUAAGAGCGCGGCGCUUUAAGGAUCUCUUCGAAAACGUUUUAUUCAAUUACGAGUGGUUGCACGCUAAGCUAAGCUCUUGCCCUUUGCAAGCAGUGCUUUCUGAUUUCGAAGACGCGUGCAGCUUCAUUGACAAUCAAAGUUUAGUCAGAGAACUCAUGUUAGUCGCUGAUGCUCUGAGACUAGGUGGUGCGAUCCUGGGAAACCAUCCUAAUAUGCUCGCACCGCAAUUGAUCGGUCGAUUGUUGCCGGAAAUCGGUGCAAAUGUUAAUGUGAGAAUGCUGCUCCGCGCAUGCGAUCAAGACGGUGUCAAGGAUUGCGCUUUGCUUCCUCUUUAUCACUGUCUGCACACACCUGGUGGACCAUUGAAAUACUCGUUGGAAGGCCAUCAAUUCGCGGUAUUUGGAUUUUGCUUAACGUCGGAUUAUCGCUACAUAGUAUCGAUAUCCAAUAAAUUUAUCACCUGGGAUCUGAGUACCAGUGACAUGACCAGAGAUGUCAGUCCCGGUGUGAAAGGUAUAAUGCAACAAUUGGUCUUGAGCCCGGACAACAGAUAUGCUGCAGCUUUUACAACCAACUAUCAGAGUGUCGUUUUGAACACUCUGACAAGCGAAUUCGUCGUCAUCAACAAUCCUUUACCGAACGAGGACGCAGUGUGCGGCGUAUAUCUGAUGAAUCAGUACGCCUUUAUCUAUGGGAAGCUGGGCUGGUGCAGAUUCGAUCUGCGAGGAAAUCUGCUCGACACCCACACCAAUCCUGAAGAUUCCAAUAAGUGGCCGAUUUUGUAUGUAGAGUACACAAACCUGGAUCUUUACAGAAUCAUAUUCUGGUCGGGGAGUCUCGACGACACGCGUAUGCUUUUACAUACUUAUAGGAAGAAGAUAUCAUUGGAUCCAUUCGAGUUUCACAGUGCUUUGAUCAUGACCAAGGACAAGAAUACCUUGUAUGCAUGUACAAACAAGGACGAUUAUAGAAUCACGAAAUACAUAAGCGACGAGACCUCAUCUUACUGGGAAAAAGUUUUCGACAUGCCGCGGGCGUACAACGACAAUGUGGAAUAUCUGUUACAGCUGAAGUUAGACAGGGAGGAGGAAAUGCUGUUAGCGACGACCGGGAACGGAUUCAUUGUAUGGUUUCUGGAAAGUAAAAGCGACGCGCACGUUUUGAUGUUACCAAACGGAGUCAGGAACAUUAGUACGCGAAUGAUGUGUUCGAACUCUAUCAUGGUCAGCGGCACCAAGAAUUACGCUGUCGCCGGUGUAAGAAAAAAUCUGUACGUUUGGUCGCUGGAGACGUCCGAUUUGGUAAAAAUACUGGAUGCACACUUCGCGAGGAUCAUUCAACUGGAAGCAUUGACGAUUGGGAAUUGGAAUAGCGUUGUAACGUCGAGUAUCGACAGAAGCGUUAAAGUGUGGAACAUCAACAAUAUUUUUGAGCAAGUUCACGUCAUCGAUCGGCACGAGCUGCAGAUAGACAUGUUAAGUUUGGCCGAGGAGGGUAACUUGGCCAUUACGGUUACCAGAGACUGCGUGGGUGUUUGGGAUUUGCUGACGGGUAGAUUAAUAUCAAAGCUAGCAGACAGUCCGCUAGGAGCGAUUGUCACACACGCUUGCAUCACGCAGGACAGUAGAUACAUCGUGUCGACAGAAUCAGGCAAUGUUCUCAUUUGGAACAGAAUUACGGAGCAAGUGUUGUUCAAGGAGGAGCAAAAGAACGUCAGGCAACUGACACUGAUAGAGAACUCGACGAAGUUCAUAGCCGUUUCGAGGCCCAACAAUCCUGCGGGAGUGGAAAACGUACGGACUACGGCAACGCUCGUCAUGAGAAGUAUUCCUGAUGGCAGAACAAUAUUUUCUCUGGAGUAUUCUGUAAGAAGUAACACCAGUACACCCUUCCGACAAGUAGUGAUGACAUCGGACGACGCUUUUCUGGCGGUGCCAGCGGCCGAAAAGGGCAACAGAGACUGCGUUACAAUUUAUAGUGCAAAAACAGGAGCACUGAUCAGCAAAAUACCUAUCAAGCUACCUGGAUUUAAGGAUAUUAUAUGCAUUACACCGAUGCCUAACAAACCGCAAUGGAUAGGUGUCAUUGGUUCUGAUAAAGGUACAAUUCUUGACAUUAAUAAGAAGAAGAUUAUACGCACAAUUCCAAAAUGGAGCGGAAACAUCAGCAAGGAUGGCAAAUACACCUUGUACGCGCCUAGCAGAGGUGGCCUCGAACUCAUAGAAUUAAAGAAAGGUACGAGCGUGAAAACUUAUAUACCAAAAGUGGCCGAGGGCGUGUUCACCGUCAUAUCGAUGUUCAAUCGUACGGAUGAGUACGUGCUAUACUAUCAUAGUGGCCGAAAAACCAUCAGAGUUUUCAGAUCUUCGGACUGUGAGAUAAUAGCCAAUUACAGAGUGCAGGCUGAGUUGAGUGCCAUCGAUAGCACGUACGAUGGCAAAAGCAUCGUUCUGGGAACGGUCGACGGCUGCGUGUCGGUAUUGGCGAUUGCCGACCCUAAGAAAACUGAGAUGAGGGAAUAUCUUGCAAAUGUGCCAUCUCGCGACGAACAGUGGAAGAAGAAAACCGAGAAGCAUCGAGCCGCAAUUAAGUUCAAGGCAGCUGCCCGAAUAGCUCGCGUGACGCACGACCUAUCCGCGAGUGUAAAACCGACGGGAAGCGAAACGAUCGAGGAGACGGAGUGAAUUCCGAGCACCGCGCGGUGCAUCCUGAAGCGCCUGUAUCAGACUUAUGGAUUGAAGAUUAAAGAUCACGAAUUGAAGAUUAGAAUUCGACCAGUUAGAUAAAAUCUUAAUUCGUUUUACAUCGAGAUUGUUUGAAUUCUAAUCUCCAAUUUAUAAUUCUCAAUUUCCAACAUGUAGUUUGAUAUAGAGUCAAUCUUACCGGCGAUUAACUUAAACAAACUUGGCAAAUUAAAUUUAUGAAUUAUCAAUUGAUGAAAACUUAAAACUAAUCAUAUUAUUUUUUCUUUCCAUUUUUUGAGAAUUAUAAUUUAUAUAAAACAUAUUUUUAAUUAAUAAUACGUAAGUAAUGUUUAAUUAAAAUAAUUAAAAGAUUAGAUUAGGAAUGAUCAGUUUUAAGUUAAGCAAUUGAUAAUUCAUAAAUCAGACUUUUUUUUUUAAAGUUAAUCGGAGUUGGUAAAACCGACCCACAGGCUUGAAAUUAGUUAUCUAUAGUCGCACUUCAUAGUUGCGCUUUCCUACCCAGAAAGCUAUUAUUUGGUGUCACUUUAAUAUCAAAAUAAUGCUUUUGACGUCAAAAUAAUGACAUCAACUUGCUAUCUGGUUAAAAAGGGCAAAAAAAAAUUCGUUAACAUUAAGAUUAACAAUCGCGAUCGGUCGAUCGUUUGCUUACUGGCUCGUUAAGGAAGAGGCAGCUGCGAGCGGUGCAGAGAGAGAGCCCACGGCUACAGAAUUUAUAUUACAUUUAUUUAUGUCUU